GCAAACUAUUUAAGAAGUGCGCCAUACUUUCCAUAGAGGAACUACUUCAAAAAUGCAAGAAAGGAUUUAGACAAUUUUCAGCUUUUAUGGUCUUUCGAUGUAUUCUGAGACCUAAUUUUACGCUCAAAUAUGGAGAAGCUAGUAUAUUUUAUGGAAAGCUAUGGUCCAAAGCAACACCAACGUUGAAGACGGAAAUGACUCGUCUGAGCGGCAUAGUAACAUCGAAAUUGAAAGAAAACAUUGUGUUUAAACAUUAUAAUCAGGAUGGUAAAAUCAGCACGGAUGAUAGCAUGGCGGAUAGUAUUAUUGAUGCGAACGGCUUAAAUACUGAUGAGGUUUCUAGUACUAGUACCGAUUUCGAAUUUUCUAAUGAUGCCAAUACUUACGCCGGCCAUAAUGGUGACAUCGGCAACGAGUACAUUGAUACGUACCUCGUUGACUAUACGAACACCUUUGAUCAUAUGAACCCCUUUAGCUGUGAAAACGCUGUGUACAUUAAUAUGCCAAACAUUGCAGACGUUGGCGCAUAUAACUUUCAUAAUGACGAGACUCUUGGUUACAACGAUUAUACUAUUGUCGGGAAUGUUGCCGCCGAUCAUUAUGUAGAUGCUAUUUAUGUUGGCGUUUGUAAUAAUGAUUAUGGUAUUAACGGAAAUUUUGCCUACGAUAAUGCUUUCACCCAAUAUAGUGGCGGUGAUGGUGGUAUUUACAGUAUUGAGACUAAUUAUGAACAGACGAAUGUGGAUCAUCAAUAA